GCCUCGCCGGGCCCCCGCGCAUGGGGGGCCGCCCCGGACAUGCCCUUCUCCCCGCCGGCGGCGCCGCACCUCGGCUUCGCUCUCCUGCUGCUGGCGGCGGUGGGAAGCUCCCUCCCGGUGAGGCGGAGUUCAGAUGGGUCCCUUUCUGGGGUUAUGCAGAGGUGGAAGGAGUAUCAGCUCCAGUGUCUGAAAUACUUGUAUGAGGCACCCCCCAUUGCAGCAGAAGGCAAGUUUUGCAACAGAACAUUUGACAACUACGCCUGCUGGCCAGAUGGGCUGCCUGGCACUUACGUGAAUGUCAGCUGCCCUUGGUACCUCCCCUGGGCUAAUGCAGUGCUGCAUGGACAGGUGUACCGGUUUUGCACCUCAGAGGGGACGUGGCUGCUGAAGGAGAAUUCAACCCUGCCCUGGAGGAACCUGUCUGAGUGCGAGGCCUCUGACCAGGAUGCACCAGAAGAACAGCUCCUGAAUUUGUCCAUCAUAUACACCAUUGGAUAUGCUCUUUCCUUCUCUGCCCUUGUAAUAGCAACUGCCAUUCUUCUUGGAUUCAGACAUCUGCAUUGCACGAGGAAUUACAUUCACCUGAACCUCUUCACCUCUUUUAUCCUCCGGGCUAUAUCUGUCUUCAUUAAAGACUCAGUGGUGAAGUGGAUGUACAGCACAGCCACGCAAGAGCACCAGUGGGAAGGACUUAUCUCCUUCCAGGAAUCGCUCAGCUGCCGCUUGGUCUUUGUGAUGAUGCAGUAUUGUGUGGCUGCAAACUACUACUGGCUGCUGGUGGAAGGCAUGUACCUGUACACGCUGCUGGUACUUUCAGUCUUUUCUGAGCAGAGAAUUUUUCGGCUGUAUCUCUGCAUUGGCUGGGGUGUGCCAAUGCUGUUUGUUAUCCUCUGGGGAACUGUCAAGUACCUUUAUGAAGAUGAGGGUUGCUGGACCAGAAACUAUAACAUGAAUUACUGGCUGAUCAUCAGGCUACCCAUUCUCAUCGCCAUUGGGGUAAAUUUCCUGAUCUUUAUCAGAGUUAUAUGCAUCAUCAUCUCCAAACUACAGGCUAAUUUGAUGUGCAAAACUGACAUAAAAUGCAGGCUGGCCAAGUCUACGUUGACUCUGAUCCCGCUGCUGGGCACCCAUGAGGUCAUCUUUGCCUUUAUUACUGAUGAGCAUGCCAGAGGGAUGCUGCGCUUUGUGAAGCUUUUUACUGAACUCUCCUUUGCUUCUUUCCAGGGGCUGAUGGUUGCAAUUCUCUACUGUUUCAUCAAUAACGAGGUGCAGAUGGAGUUUCGGAAAAGCUGGGAGCGCUGGAGAUUGGAACAUUUGUAUGUCCAGAGAGACAGCAGUAUGAAACCUCUGAAGUGUCCAGCCAACAGCAUCAGUAGUGGAGGCACAGUAGGCAGUAGUGUCUACGCUGCCACUUGUCAGGCCACAUUCAGCUAAGGUUUCUGCAGGUGAAUCGGACUGAGAACAAUGAACUGUAUAAUAUACCUGAAAAUCCUUAAAUACCCAAGCAAGUGGCUUAAGUAUGCCAUCUCCAGCAAGAAACUUAAGCAUAUGCUGCUCAUUGCCUGCAGGCUAUUGGACAAAGGUUUCUAGGGAAAGCAAUCUGCUAAUGUAAUCAACGCAUCAGAGGAAAAAUUUAUCACAUCUAAAGUAAGUUAAAAGAGUUUCUUCCCAUUUGCACACAAGGCCUCCAGGUGUCCAAAACUUAAGCAUAGCAUUGAUCCAGUCUGAAAUCACAGGGUCAAUGGCUUAUUACUGUUGAGUGGGCGAGCUGAGUGAUCAACUGAUUAAAUUACAAGGAUACAGAAUAUGAUUAUUGCCAAAAAAUACAUUUAGGAUUUUAUGGGGAUAGGGUAAGGUGCUAUCACCAGUUUUAGAAAUAAAGAACUUAGUGAGACUCAACUUGUGUUUUAGGAAAGAAUCAGUUUUGUAGUAAGAGUUUUCAACAGCUAAAGUUGAAACUGUGCUUACCUGUUUUCGGGGUAGGUGAAGAACAGCAUCCUGAAAGUCUGUCAAUACAGCAGAUAGUGUGGCGUGCAUUUCUGAAUGCUCUUUUUAAGCUUCACUUGAAAAAAAAAACACAAAACCAAAACCAGCAUCUGGUAGGGGCCUCUUCUGCUAUUAACAGGUGCAUGUUAGCUCUAUUGACACGGAUGGAAAUAUCCCACGAUUGCACAGCCCUUCUGUUUUCAUGUGUUGCUCUGCCUCUGGCACACAGGUGUUAACAGGGACAGGAUGAUGACUUGAGCCACUUCAAGAGGGCACUUUUCUUCCUGAGCUAUGCUCUGCUGCUUGUGGGCGCAAACACACAGACGUCAGCUUGUUGGCCACAGCUGGUCUUACCAGCCCUCACCUAUUUGGAGAUGAUGUGGUAGGUCGCAGCGUGAGCUUGCCUUUGUUUCUCCUCCAGCCUUGGGCGUGUUCUCCAGACAGGAGGUGCCCGCAAGCUGCUGCCCUCAGGGCGGUGGGAAGGCAGCAGGCGCGGGUUCAGCACGGCGGACAGCUCCCGGCCCCCACCUCGGGAUGGGCCUCCCCCUUCCUCCUCCUCCACCUGCCUGCCCUCAGCGGGAUUAAACCCCCGCACACACACUCCCCAAAACCACCAAAACACCGUCCCAAACUCAACACGCUUUUUCUCUGUCCAUUUAAAACUGCCAGGGCUCUUGCAGUGAAUGGGGCCACACUGCUAAUUAUCUGCUAGCCUCCCCGACUUGUUGCUGGGGAAGAACAGAGAGGUACCUUUACGAGCAGGACAUGAUCCAUUGCAUCACUUAAUAACAAGCUUUACUCAGCUGUUAGCCGCCUCCCUUUACAAUACAGAGGCAAGGUGCCAAAGACUAGCUCUGAGAAUAUCCCUGUCCGUAGCCACCUUGUAGUAACUUCAUGGCACAGCAGUUAAGACUAC